AAUCAAUUUAGGGGGCGUGGCAUAUGUACCUGUCCUGCCCUAAUGUCAAUGAAAUGUCAACAACGAAAAGCAAAACAGAAAUUAAGAUUGCCUUGCAAAUAAUAGCAAAAUGAGCGGCAUAUUUAGAAUCUUUUCUACGGUCAAAAUAUUGCGCUAUUUUGCACUGCCAGCAACAGGAGCACAAUGUUGCAAAACAUUUGCCUGCAAAAUUUACCAACCAAAAUACUUUUCUCUCGUGGCUGGAGUCAGCAGAAUUAAUGCAGGAAAUAGCAACUCAGGGAAUGCAAUAAUAUACCUUUCUGGAGUUUUGUCAUUCUUCGGACUUGAAAAAAAUGAAGAAAAGCAAGAUGAGCUUGUAAUGACUCUAAAAAGGUCUGUUCUUCUUAUGCAGCAAGGUGACCUGAAAAAGGCAGAACAAAUGCUGCACUUGGCACUUCGUCUGGCUCAGGAAAGGAUGUCGGUCGACGGGAUAACUUACACGUAUGAUCUGAUGGCAAAUCUAGCAGUCGAGAGGGGUGAAUUUGCCAAAGCGGAGAAGCUGUUUGUGACAGUGAUGCAGAGGCUGAUGUCGUCGGGUGUUCCAGAGAAUGACAACAAGAUCAUCCACAUGAGCAUAAAACUUGCAAAUAUUUUUGCGGAGCAAAGUUUUGCCGGCAAAAAUCCCAAAGCUGCCCAGGAAUUUCUCUCGAAGGCGCAAAAUGGAUAUGAUUUUAGCAAAGAACGUCUUGCUAAAAAGAUUGAGGGAGGCGAUAAAGAAAACGACACCCUGCUGCUCCUCAGUUUAGCAUACGAAGGUGAAGGGCGUUUGUUGGCUGGUCAAGACAUGCUUUCUAAAGCUAAACUCUGCUAUGAGAAGGCGCUUGAUCUGAGUGAAAAGGGCAGUGACAGCGAAGAGCGGAUAUCUACCCUGCUUAGCUACUUAGGGUCAAUCAGUGCAAUGCAAAAUGAUCUCGCAAUUGCUCAGCAUUAUUUAGAGAGAGCGCUAAAUUUAGCAAGGAAGAAUGAAACUGAAAAUCUGCCAUCGAUCCUAGUAAACCUUGGAACAGUAAAAAUGUUUAACGGUGUUCUGAACGAAGCUAGGAAUAAUUGCAAAGAAGCUUUCAACUUAUCCCGUAAAUAUAAAGAUAGCGAAACAGAAAAUGAAGCCGUCAAAUGUUUAGAUGCAGUUAAUGAGGCUUUCAAGGUUACAAAUAAUAAAAUAUAGCACUUCUG